AUGAGCGAAAUUCGGGUGUCGUGUGCGAGCUCGGGCGUCUCGGUGAGCGCGGCACGAGACCAGUUCUCGUCAUUGCCGCACCUCAAGGCGUGGAUCGAGCUGGAGUUCUCAGUGUCUGUAUCCGAACAGCUGCUGCUCACCGUGGCGGCCGAACAAGUCAAAAUGGCGCAUCUGGGGACCCAAAACGAGCUGUUUGUGUUCGACAGGAGCGUGGUUGGAGGCACUGUGUCGAACGAACACAAAUACUCGGCUCCAAAGCUCAAGACACUCACUCCUGGAACGGACCCGUCGCAAUGGGCCCUGACGGUUCUCACACACUGCUCGCGUCUUGUGGAGGAAACAAAGCGGGUGACGGCCGAAAUCGCAACCAUCAAGCGAGCUACAAACGUGGCCAUCACGCAAAUGAAACAACACUCACAAAACCUGGACAAAAACCUGCUCAAUGUGAAGGAGUAUUCCAAAGAGCUCAAUCAAGGAAUUACACCGCUCCUGUCGGUUGAUCUCGCCCAGCUGAGAGAUAACACCAGGGCCGUUAAACUCGUGGCGCCGGCCGUGUUUGGAAAAAAACAGUUCCUUAACGACUGGUUGGAUCUGCAACAGCUGCAGAGUAUUGUGGUCGAGUUCAAGGCGGACUUCCCAUCUUGCAUGGACAAACUACAGACCCUCGAGCAGGAUCUCGCACAGCUCUCAAAGGAUACCCAGACCCUGGUCAACAGCACGGACGUGUGGAUUGGAGGAACCAACUCAGAUGUGCUUUGCAACGAGGCCGUUGGAAUCUUACGUAAGUUGUCAGAGCUGACAAGCGGCGACCACGUGACCAACGAGGCCGUAAAGUCUGUCCAAAACUGCCAGAGCCAGAUUUUGGAUCUCCACAAGGCUCUGUCCAAGGCCAAGUUCCAGACUGUUCAGCACUCGCAGAAGGUCCUACAGUCAAUUAGCCAACUGCAAUCUCGAUCGACAAAGCUAAAGCCCAAACUGACCCAUAUCGGCUCAGAGCUCACCAAGUACGAGGAAAAGCGUGUGCAGGCCAUGAAGCAGGUGGACGUAGAGUUUGUGUACGGUUGUGUGCUCGUCGAGAUGCUUCGACGGACAGUAUGGAGCCAAUCUGGAGGAGAAAACGGGUCGGUGAAGUCCGAAAUCGGAACCCGAGUGGCUUGGAAGAAGCAGUUCCAGGACACGUUCCCGUUUGUGGACAUUUUGAACGAACAGGAGGAUCUUACUAUCGAUACAAUAUCCACAUCCAGUCCGUCUAUUGUGCACAAUCUCGUGAUUGCUCGUCCAGUUGUGACCGAUUACAUUUCUCAAGUGUCCUCCAAGGAGGUGAGAAAUAACCUGGAAUCGCUUCUGGGCGGUGUUACUGGUUCCGCUGCUGCCACUUCGUCGUUCCCUAGAAGCCUGUUCCGAAACGGUAGCAUCAGUGGUUCUCUGAUGGCCGAAAGAGCCCCCAUUUCAUCUGCCACGAACGCCGACGACAAGAUUCGAGGUUACGAGGCGCGAAUUCGGAAACUCGAAGAUCUGCUUUACAAGCAGCGUAUGUCUCAAGACACGUCUCGAUGGUCUGUUUCCCCUGGGACUCCAUCUGCUGGGUUUGCAGUUGUUAGCCCAGGUCAGCUGAGUUCUGAGGCUCGUGGCUCGUCACUGUCGCCCGAACCAACUGAGACUCGUGAACAGGUUAAGGCACGUGAGAAGGCUGAAGAGGAGGCCCGGAAGGCCGAAGAGGAGCGUCUUGCGCGUGACAAGGCAGCUGCUGAGGCUCUACAGUCCAAGGUUGAUCAGCUUUCUCAGUCUCUUUUGCACACCGAGAACGAGAAGAACGACCUUAUGGCAAACCUGGCGUCUAUGGAGUCCGACUUCUCGCGCGAGCGACGAUGUCUUGUUCAGGAGAUCAGCGAGCUGAAGCUUCGUGUCGAGGAGCUCGAGGAGCAGGUCGAGACUGCUGCUGAGACAUCCAUCGAGCGUCACCAGCGGGCUGACCAGGAGACAGAGGAGCUUGAACAGCGUCUGAAGGCCAUGACCCUGGCGCAGAACACUGUCGACGACGAGAACAGCCGGCUAAAGAUCACUCUUCAGGACAUGUCGCAACGGCUUUACACGGGAUACAAACGGAAUUGUGUGCUGCUUGAGUCGCUCGGUCUCCAGGCCCAGAAGGAGUACGAUGCUGAUGGUUCUGAGGUUGUCUCUUUCGAUAUCCACCGUGUCAAGGGUCUUCGAAAGAAACACCGAGGCAAAAAGGGCGAGAAGACUGAGAAGGACAGUGAGAGUGAUUCUACCGACGACUUUUCUGCCCUCUAUUGGGCCACUAAGACCACUCCUGACUCGUUUGAAUCGAGCUACAGGACAUUUCUGGCCCGCAUCUUCCUUGAUUAUGACUUGUACGUUGAGAAGGUGGCCAAGCGAUUCGAGGACCUGGAGCAUCUCGCUCGCAAGCUGCAGAAGGAGGCCCGAAACUACCGUACCAUGACUCAGCAACUGGAUGACGAGACCCGGUCCAAGAUUGCGUUGAAUCGGUUCAAGGUGGGUGAUCUGGUGUUGUUCUUGCCCACCCGGGAUCCCAGUCGGCAGCCACAGCCUUGGGCCGCGUUCAAUGUUGGAGCUCCGCAUUUCUUCCUGAAACAGAAGCCAGGAAGGGAGUUGAAAGAUCGGGAUUGGUUGGUUGGACGAAUCACGGGGAUGGAGGAGAGAGUGGUCAAUGGUGGGAUUGGGGACCGGGAGGAGAAUCCCUUUGACCUUGGACAAGGGUUGAGAUGGUGGUGGCUCGAGGCUGAGGAGGAGUAG